AUGGCUGUAGAGGAGGCGGCGGCGGUCGGCGCGGAUGCAGGCAGCGAGGGCGCGGAGGCGGCGAGCAGCCCCGGCCUGCUGCUGGAGAUCGUGAGCUCGCCGCUCAACCUGAGCCUGCUGGGCCUCUGCCUCUUCCUCCUCUACCAAAUCAUCCGCGGAGACCGGCCCCGCGCCCAGCCCGAGGGCGAGGAAGCCCCGCCGCCGCUGCCCAAGCUGAAGCGCCGCGACUUCACGCUGGCCGAGCUGCGCCCCUUCGACGGGCUUCAGAACCAGCGCAUCCUGAUGGCCAUCAACGGGAAAGUCUUCGACGUCAGCCGCGGCAGAAAGUUCUACGGGCCUGAGGGCCCUUAUGGUAUCUUUGCUGGGAGAGAUGCCUCCAGAGGUCUUGCCACAUUCUGCCUUGAUAAGGAAGCUCUGAAAGAGGAACACGAUGAUCUUUCUGAUCUUGAUGCCACUCAGAGAGAAACCUUGAAUGACUGGGAACAACAAUUCACAUUUAAAUACCACUAUGUCGGCAAACUGUUGAAGGAUGGAGAAGAACCCACCAUGUAUUCUGAUGAAGAAGAAACCAAAGAGGCUGAAGACCGCAAGAAUGAUUAG